CAGUCACUUGUAAUGUGUGUAGUUUCACUGACACUGACAGGGGGGCUGGAGACUGACGCUGUGUGUGUGUGUGUGUGUGGGGGGAGCUCAGCGACUUUACUCAAUGUAUCUCAGGCGGUGACCCAGCGGCGGCGCGGUAUUGUAAUGGACAAAUAAUGUGAAGUAUUGUGAGCGGUGUCGACAGUGUGGAGCUGGCUGGCUGAUGACUACAGUCAGCAGCCGCAGAGGGGUGGGUGCAGGCUGAGAGAGAGCGAGUGAGAGAGAGAGAGAGAUAGGAAGGAAGCUGGCAACAUCCUCUCCACUGUGGCCAGCAGAGCACACACACACACACACACUGGAGUUUCGGCGAGAUAGUACUUCGAGCUGAUAGGACUCGCAGGACAGGACGAGAAAGAGAGAGUGAGUGAGUGGGUGAGUGAGUGAGAGGGAGGGAGAGCUGCCUCACUCCCCGGCACCCUCUCACUUCCUCGCUGGGACAUGGAGCCCGAGACGAGGCGGCUACGAGCCGGCAGCCGCGCAUUAACAACCGGGCUUUGGAUCCUUCUCACCUGAACCACGACUAGUUCGCUCCUCGUUUUUGGGGGGAUUCAGCGGGAGAAGGGGACGAGAACUCAGCAUCUCUCCCACCAAAAUCCUCCUUGAAAAAAAGAAAAAGAAAUAACUAACCCCCGCAAAAGAAAAAAAAGUUAAAAACUUUUAUUUUUAAAAAUUGGUAUUAAUGACUCAAUGUGUUUUAAAACACAAAAGCUGAAGGCCUGCCGGGAGCAGGUUUCUCCUCGGGCUGCGGUGGAAGGUUGAAUGAAUGUCUGCUGUGGGAGAACGCUCGGCCAGUUGCUCGCUGACCGAGUUCUGCCCUCGGUCCUGAUUUCAAUGGUUCGCCUGGUGACUUGGAGGCUCCCGUCUCUCGCUCUCCUCGUCUUCCUACAAAGUGCCAUGGGUUGCAUCAACAGCCUCGCCUGCAAGCCCAGGGUGUGUCGGGACUCCAUCUCCCUGCAGGAAAUCUCGGCCAGCAUCGACAGCAACCCCACCAGCAUCGACGAGUCGUCGGACAUCGUCCUGCGCUACCGCACCCCCUACUUCCGAGCCUCGGCGCGGGUCUGUGUGCCACCCAUCCUCAAAGCGGACACAUGGGUGGUCGGCUGGAUCCAAGCAUGCAACUACAUGGAGUUUUACAACAUGUACGAGGAUCUGGGCAUGUCCAGUUGGGAGCUGCCAGAUCUCAGAGAUGGAAAAAUUAGUGCAAUAAGCGACUCAGAUGGAGUGAAUUAUCCUUGGUACGGUAACACCACUGAAACGCACACAAUAGUGGGCCCCACCAGAAGGGAGGUCCGCUUUACUGUCAGCAUGAAUGACAACUUCUACCCGAGUGUCACCUGGGCCAUCCCUGUCAGCAAGUCCAACAUACCACAACUAUCCAGUAUUAAGAGAGACCAAAACUUCACCACGUGGCUGGUGGCCUCCAAUCAAGAGACUGGUGAGAUUAUAGUUUUGCAAACAAUCAAGUGGAGGAUGAAGCUUCACAUUGCAGUGGAUCCGAGAAAAAACCUUGGGGAGCGUGCAGUGCUGAUGGAGCCUAUUAAUCAGGAAUGUCCUGUGAUUCUCAACAAGAAUGAGCUAAUUGCACCCAACGUGCUGAAGAAACCCAAUGCAAAUGACGCUCAGGUGCUGAUGUGGCGUCCGACAUUUGGAGAUCCGCAGGUAGUCAUCCCUCCAAAGAACCGAAUAGAACAAUCACGAGCAAUGUGUUGAUGCUCCUAAGACACAACACUGGGUCUUCAAAACCAACAUGUGCACUAAUCAUGCAAGCAUUGCUCCACCUUGAACCACUAUGGUGGGGAAAACAUCACUGUGCUGAAAUCGGAUUUGUUUGCUAAGCUAAAGGCCAUUACACUGUGGGAUCAUCUCAUUUUAAAGACUUUAGCUUUGGCUUCUGGUCCUCUGCUGAAGCAUCGCACAAGUCAAAGAAGUUUUAUUGAAUGUCAGUCAAAACUGGAAUGCAAUUGCACAUGAACAAUUUUUUGCAAAAUGUUGUUUUUAUACAAAAAAAAAAAAAUCUAUCUCUUAACCAUGCUGCCUUAAGUUAGCAAAAGCAUCUCAUUGCAAAUAUUUGCCUUAAAAGAACUUCACCAUGAAUAUAAACGGAAUGUUGUUUCAUUAUGACUGCAAUAUGCAAUUGUAAACAAGCCUGCUCAUGAUCUGUGAAUAAUAACCCUGAACACUUCAUUUUGUGGAAAGAUCCUAAAAAUAAAUUUUCAAGUGGAAUCU